AAGAGAGCCGGUAACCAGCUUUUAAGAUGAUGAAACCAGCAUUCGUUGUUGUCUGUGACGUCAUGUAUUUAUGACGUCACGUCAUUGUCUUGGUCAUUAUUGCAGAGUCUUGCAGUGUGGAAGACGUAUCUGUGCUACGAUGGGAUGUAAACAGACCAAGGUCACGCCUUUCAGACAGACGUCUACCGAAGAGGCUCUGACGGGCAAGAUCAACUGCCCUCACGAGAUGUACUACGCCAAGUGUCAGGUGACACGGCCCACACCCCGCCUGUCUGGGGCGGAGAUUCUUCAUCAGUUACGAGAUGAGGGCUUGGUCCCCGACCGUCAGUCCAGCGGAGGAGUUGCCUUCUCUAUCCCCGGUGAGGAGGGAGUUGUUCCCCGUGGCAAACCACCCCGACGUCUGGAGCAAAUCCCAGUGCGAUGUUUCUACACAGCUGAGAGGAGGAGACAGAAGGCUGAUCUUCGCAGAUUUGACAGAUUGGUGGAGCAAGUACAGAGGAAACAGCUGGACAGAGAAAUAAAGCACAAAAUUGUCAAGGACGAGAAGAAACGUCGCCAGUUCAUCAAGAAGAUGAAAGCGGAACAUCAAGUCCAGGUCUGGGAGGAGAAGGUGAAGAGGCUGGAAGAAGAGCGGGCGGCGAAGCGGAAGAAACCAGUCGAGAAAUAGACAUUGGGGUG